AUGGUCCGUGCGCCGUCGCGAGCUCCUUCAAGUACCUGGGUUUAUGGGCUGUGGAGAUCCUCCAUAGCACGGCGACCUUGUCCUCAGGGGGUGUCUGCGGCUUGUAUGUGCUUCGGUGCAUGCACCGUCUCAAUAUUUUCCUGUCCCACUUCGGCCACUCUGGCUGGGUGGGCUCUUUAUUUUAUGACUUUCGUUUCUUUUAACCCUAACCCUAAUACAUCAUUGCUGGAGUGA